AUGUCGAACCGCAAGCGGCGCGCGCCGGGUGCUUCACCACAGGCUCCCACUCAGGCGUACCAGCACGACAUCCCCGCGACCGACUCAUACAUGAACUGGAACGACCCCACUGCCGGCGCAGACAUGAACUUCACCGACCCGCCGCUGUACGACUACAACGGCCAGAGCAUGGGCGGGGGCCACAGCCGCGUCGUGUCGCUAGACGGAUACAACGACGGCGCGGAGAUGGCGGGGCAAUUGGUACGGCGAAACACAAACCAGCAACUUGCACCUGCGCCACGGCGGAAUCAAUGGGAUGGAUUUGCCAGUCCGACGCAACAGUGGGAGACGGUGGAUGACGAUGAGGAGCUGGAGCAGAAGGCGGCUAUUGCCAAGAAGGAUGCACAGGCGAAGCGGAAACAGAUCCCGCCGUUUGUGCAGAAGUUGAGCAGUUUCCUCGAUAACAACAAGAACGAAAACCUCAUUCGCUGGUCGGACGACGGCAACUCCUUCAUCGUGCUCGACGAAGACGAAUUUGCGAGGACCCUGAUACCCGAGCUCUUCAAGCACAACAACUACGCGUCCUUCGUACGACAACUGAACAUGUACGGCUUCCACAAGAAGGUCGGACUCUCGGACAAUUCGAUGAAAGCCAGCGAGACAAAAGCGAAAGCACCUAGCGAGUACUACAACAAGUACUUCAAGCGCGGUCGACAAGAGUUGUUAUGGCUGAUCCAGAAGCCGAAGAAUCCUGUUACCGGACCAAAGCGGAAACGAGAUGAAGAGAACAAGGGCGAUAGCGACGAAGACCGCAAGUACAUUCAAGAUACAGGGGGCGGAGGCUAUGUUGAGGAAGUAGCCGUCAGAGGAAACGAGCAGAUGGCCAUGAUCCCACGAUCCGAGUACAACAGUCUGCGGGUUGAAGUCAGGGAACUCCAGCAACAACAAAAGCUCAUCUCCAACGUCCUUACCCAGAUCAAACGCCAGAAUGAGGAGUUGUAUUCACGAGCGACGUCCUUCCAAGCGCUGCACGACCGCCACGAGAACUCUAUCAAUGCCAUUUUGACAUUCCUCGCCACCUUCUAUAAUAGGAGCCUAGAGGGUAACGCGAAUAUGAAUCUGGCAGAUAUGUUCCCCGCGGCACGACAACAACAUCACGGCAAUGUCGUGGACGUCGACGACUAUCCCAUGCAGGAAGCACAAAAGUCGCCGCAAUUGCAGAGGAACAAGAAACCGCUUGCAAUUCUACCAGCGCCAGCUCCGACCCAGGACUACCUCGCUCCAACGACGACAGGCCGCGCUACGACCAUGAGCCCAACAGCCCGGCCACUCGCUAGCCCCAUCACACGGCCUGGCAGUCGACAAUCAGUGUUCAGGCCCUCUGUAUCAAUGAAUCGCCAGCAGUCCCAGUCGUCACCAUUUUCCCAACAAGCCAGAGACAGCAUAACCCCCUCCCAAGUCAAACCCGACCCCGCCUCCAACCUAGGCCCACUAGCCGACAACUCCGCCAUCAUGUCGGCCAUCCAAAACGCCAACGCCAACGCCACAGCAACCAACCACUCCGGCACUUCGCAACCCCCACCUUCAGACUUCGACUACGCCGCCGCUUUAUCAAAUUACCAAACUCAAGACGGUCACGUCCCUCUCACCCCACAACAACGCAACGAUGUCCUCUCCCAGAUCGUAAACAACACGUCCGCUCAAAACACAAACAACGCGCUUACCAACCCGCAUCCGCCUGAAAUGGACCGCUUGCUGGGUGAUCUAGCGCAGUACCAAGCGACGCAGCAACAACUAGAAAUGCUACAAAAGUUAUCCGACCAGCAAAACAGCAAGAUCCAACACAUCCACGAGCGUAUCCUGCCGCUAUCCCCCACAGGCCAGAUCUCUGGACUGGGCGAGGGCAACGACGGGUAUUUCGGUAGCGCAACCGGCGACGACGGCGGCCUCGGCGAACCCGGUGGUUUCGACCUCAACAUGGGCCACUUUGUCAACGACGACGAUUUCUUCACCGCAGACGCGAAUCCCCCCGAUCAAAAAGCUACAAACGGGAUUAACGGCAUCAACACCAAUACCAACGGUGGUGGUCUACCUGAUUUCACAUUCGAUGCCAGUACGCCGUUUGAUGUUGAUCCCGCGAACGGCGAUGCUGGCUUUGAUUUUGCGGAUGAAGCGAAUGGGAUUGGUGGAGAGGAUCCUGGGUUGCUCGGUGUGGAUGAUGCGACGGGUGCGAAUGGGAAUGGGAAUGUGAAUGGCGUGGGUAAGAUUGAGAGUACGGCUAGUGGAGGGAGUAGUAAUAGUACUAGUCCUGCGGCGACGGUGGAGGAGGUGGAGGAUGAGACGAGGAGGGGAACGGGAGGUGGGGGCGGGAGUGCGAAGAGGAGGAGAAGGUAA